UACGAAGCUGUGCCAUAGCGGCGCUAGAGAGUGGGUUGCAUUAAAUGACAUUGUUGUUCGAUGUGGAGGCAGGCAGCAUACAUAUAUGUUGGAUAGUAGGUUGUAAAUAGCCUAAUGGAUAUAACGCGCUUGUGGGCACAUUAUUUAGCGUCCAACCAUCGCUCAUUCUGAAAUAUCUGACGACCGAUGAACGAGGACUCGUCGGCGGCAUCGAUAUCCACCUGACAGCGGUUACAACACAGAUGAUAAACAACAAAGACCGAACCGAAGUGUCGCUCUCAGAUCCAUCCCUACAGAAAUCUGUCAGAUUCGGUUGUUUUAAUGCGAAACCCGCUUUAUUGUGCCACCUAGUAAUUGAGUUCCACUGAAUGUAUUGCACACCAUUUAUUGCAUAUUUGGCGUACACGGCUGGAAUCCAAUCACCUCGCACGCGGCCGUGCAUGGAAGUUUGGAGAGAGUAUUUUAUUUUUGCGUGUUUUUGGCGAAUAAAUAGGGCCUUUAUGCUGUCAUAGUUAUACUUACAUUGCAACCAAGUUGUCCUUGUCCAAUUGUACGUGUUAUUCGGUGGACUGGCAUCGAGCCUCAGCCACUGGACAGACCGAACCAGCAUUCCAGUUCAUUUGACAGGCACCGCCUGAAUCAGCUGGAUUUGAUGUGCUUUUAGAAUCAACUGGACGAAGAUGUGGGUGCACCCUGAAGAGGUGUUGCAGGCGGGUGCGUUGUGGAUAACCGAGCGAGCAAAUCCCUAUUUCAUCCUCCAGAAACGCAAGGGCCACGGGGACGGCAGAGGAGGACUAGCGGGUCUGUUGGUGGGAACACUGGACGUGGUGCUGGACUCCAGUGCUCGAGUGGCCCCCUACAGAAUCCUUUACCAGACACCUGACUCCCUAAUCUACUGGAUCAUUGCGCAUGGGUGCUCCCGUAAGGAGAUCACAGAGCACUGGGAGUGGCUGGAGCAGAACCUCCUGCAGACGCUGUCCAUCUUCGAGAACGAGAAUGACAUCACUACCUUUGUCAAGGGCAAAGUUCAGGGUAUUAUCGCCGAGUACAACAAGAACCACGACGUGAAGGAGGACGAUGACACUGACAAGUUCAAGGAGGCCAUCUGUACGUUCCGUAAGCUGUUUGUCAUGCCUGAAGAGGAGAAGCUGGUCAACUACUACUCCUGUAGCUACUGGAAGGGCCGUGUGCCCCGGCAGGGCUGGCUCUACCUCAGCAUCAACCACAUCUGCUUCUACUCUUACCUGCUGGGGAAAGAAGCCAAGCUGGUGAUCCGCUGGGCCGACAUCACCCAGCUGGAGAAAAGCACCACGCUCCUCCUCCCUGAUGCAGUCAAGGUGAGCACGCGGGUGUCCGAGCACGUCUUCUCGGUCUUCCUCAACAUCAACGAGACCUUCAAGCUGAUGGAGCAACUGGCCAACAUCGCCAUGAGACAGCUCCUUGACAACAAGGGCUUUGAGCAGGACCGCUCUCUGCCCAAACUCAAGAGGAAGACACCCAAAAAGGUGUCUGCCCUCAAGAGGGACCUGGAUGCCAGGGCUAAGAGCGAGCGUUACCGGGCCUUGUUCCGUCUGCCCAAGGAUGAGAAGCUGGACGGACACACGGGCUGCACCCUUUGGACCCCCUUCAACAAGAUGCACAUCCUGGGCCAGAUGUUUGUCUCCACUAACUACAUCUGCUUCACUUCCAAGGAGGAGACCCUGUGCAGCCUCAUCAUCCCCCUAAGAGAGGUGACGAUAGUGGAGAAAGCAGACAGCUCCAACUUUUUGCCCAGCCCAGUGUCCAUCAGCACCAAGAACAGGAUGACCUUCCUGUUCGCCAACCUCAAGGACCGGGACUUCCUGGUCCAGAGGAUCUCUGACUUCCUGCAGCAGACCACCUCCAAGAUCUACUUCGAGAGGGAGAUCACCGGGAGUGUGAACAGCUCCGACGAUGAGGUGUACUCCCAGCAGGGCUCUCUCCUCUCCAGCAGUCCCCAGCGCAGCAGUCUGGGCUCAGAGGGCUCCUCCGAGGGUGAACGCCAGUUUAACCUCAACGACAACAGCGUGCCCACCGCCACCCAGGCCCUCAUGACCAUGUACCGCCGUCGCUCGCCGGAGGAGUUCAACCCCAAACUGGCUAAGGAGUUCCUGAAGGAACAGGCGUGGAAGAACCACUUCACCGAGUACGGCCAGGGGGUGUGUAUGUACCGUACAGAGAAGACCAAGGACCUGGUGCUUAAAGGCAUCCCAGAGAACAUGAGGGGAGAGCUGUGGCUGCUCUUCUCUGGGGCGAUCAACGAGAUGGCGACCCACCCUGGCUACUACGAGGACCUGGUAGAGAAGUCUAUGGGGAAGUACAACCUGGCCACAGAGGAGAUCGAGAGAGACCUGCACCGCUCCCUCCCUGAACACCCAGCCUUCCAGAACGAGAUGGGGAUCGCUGCCCUACGAAGGGUCCUCACUGCCUACGCCUUCAGAAACCCCAACAUAGGCUACUGCCAGGCCAUGAACAUCGUGACGUCGGUGCUGCUGCUGUAUGCUAAAGAGGAGGAGGCCUUCUGGCUGCUGGUGGCUCUGUGUGAGCGGAUGCUGCCUGACUACUACAACACCAGGGUCGUAGGAGCUCUGGUAGACCAGGGUGUAUUUGAGGAGCUGGCCAGGGAGUACGUCCCUGAACUCUACGACUGCAUGCAGGACCUGGGAGUCAUCUCUACCAUUUCCCUCUCCUGGUUCCUCACCCUGUUCCUCAGUGUCAUGCCCUUUGAGAGUGCUGUGGUGGUGGUCGACUGCUUCUUCUACGAGGGCAUCAAGGUCAUCUUCCAGCUGGCGCUCAGCGUGCUGCACGCCAACAUCCACCAGCUGCUGGGGGCCAAGGACGACGGAGAGGCCAUGACCGUGCUGGGAAGGUACCUGGACAGCGUGACCAAUAAGGACAGCACCCUGCCUCCCAUCCCCCACCUCCACUCCCUGCUGACAGACGAUGGGGAUCCCCACCCGGAGGUGGACAUCUUCAAGCUGGUCCGCAGCUCCUACGAGAAGUUUGGCUCCAUCCGGGCAGACGUGAUCGAGCAGAUGCGCUUCAAACAGAGGCUAAGGGUCAUCCAGACCAUCGAGGACACCACCAAACGCAACGUGGUCAGAACCAUUGUCACGGAGACUGCCUUCAGCAUCGACGAACUGGAGGAGCUCUACGUUCUGUUCAAGGCGGAACACCUGACCAGCUGCUAUUGGGGCGGAACGGGUGGCAGCAACCCCACGGAGCGCCACGACCCCAGCCUGCCCUACCUGGAGCAGUACCGCAUCGACCUGGAGCAGUUCAGGGGGCUGUUCUCCCUGCUCUUCCCCUGGGCCCCUGUCAACGGGGCCCACGCAGACCCCCUGGCCUUGCGCUUCUUCAGGCUCCUGGACCAUAACGGAGACUCUCUGAUUAAUUUCCGGGAGUUUAUUAGUGGACUGAGUGUUUUAUGCCAUGGGGAUCUGACUGAGAAACUGAAGCUCCUGUACAAGAUGCAUGUGAUUCCUGAGGUGACCCAUGAGCAGGAGGAGCCAGACUCUGCCUUCGAGGCCACCCAGUACUUCUUUGAGGACAUCACCCCGGAAACUUCCAUUGGCCUUGACCCCAAGUGCAAGAACGAGAAGGAUGAUGGCUUUGUCAGGGUCACGUUCAAGACUGAGAAAGUGAAGAAACUGCACACGCCUGACUACCGCCACUACCUGAGGCUGUGGAACCAGGGCACCAAGAACAAGCUGGACAACAUGAAGGAUCUGCCCAAACUCAACCAGAGCCAGUUCAUAGAGCUGUGCAAGACACUGUACAACAUGUUCAGCGAGGACGCCCAGGAGCAGGAGCUGUACCACGCCACGGCCACCGUCACCAGCCUGCUGCUGGAGAUGGGCGAGGUGGGCAAGCUCUUCUGCCAUUCCAAGGACCAGGAGGAGCAGGACCAGGACGAUCCAGAGGAGGCCAAAACCAGUGGGCCAGCCCGAGAUGGAGGGACCAAGCCUGGGGUUGUCUGCCAGCAGAGGGGCCAGGGAGAGGGGGAGAAGGAGAGCCAGGCCAGACCGUGUGGCCCUGCGAAGAGGGACGGCAGGGGCGAGCAGCUGUCUGCCAUGGAGGACAUUAAGCUGGAGGACUCGUCCCCGAAGGACACAGGGACAUCGUCCUCCAUGCUCAUUUCAGAUGACGAGACCAAAGACGACACGUCCAUGUCGUCCUACUCGGUGCUCAGCGGCGGCUCCCAUGAGCUCGACGACAAGCUUCACUGCGAGGACAUUAAUGACGACACGGUCCUGGUGCGCAGCGAGAACGGGCCCCAUGGUGGAGGGGGAGGGAAUGGGCCUCACGGUGCAGGUGGGCCCCACGGCAGAGAUGGGGGGCUGCCUCACAGCACCAGCAUAGAUAAAGACUGGGCCAUCACCUUUGAGCAGUUCCUGGCAUCGGUGCUCACUGAGCAGGCCCUGGUGCUUUACUUCGAGAAACCAGUGGAGGUGGCCGCACGUAUCACCAAUGCCAAGAAUGUGAGGAAAGUGGGGUGCUCCCUACUGUCUGCUAGCGACUAUGAGAUCUCCCUGUCUGGGUAACUAAUGCCUCAAUGGAAAAGAGAGAAUUUACAGAGACAGACUCUUGCUCUGUAGGUUGACUGCUUCGGGAAAACAGGGAAACAUGUCAUGUAAAUGUACAACGUGAGAACCCAGUCUUCUCCUCUUUGUUGGGUGACAAGAAUGACAGUCUGCUAGAACUGAAAAGUCUAACAUUUGUGUGCAAUACUGUAAGAGUAAAAAAAAUUAAAAUAAAUACCUGCUCUUAGCAAUGUAUUUUACCAGAUGUCAACAACCUGUUUUAUCUUUAGGGUUAGAUUCUGUUCAGCAGAGGGACCAGGGAAGGGCAAAAAGGGCUUUAUUGACCUUUGACCUCAAAGGAAUUCAGGCAGAGCUGUGGUGUAUGUACUGUACAUGUAUUAGCUGAGCUUGCUGUACUUUAUAUGAAGUCAUGUAUACAUGUUACUACUAAUAAUCGCUAAACCAGUUAGACUACUACGUAUCAUGAUGUUUAAGUCUUACAGACCACCAGCCCAGUCCAGGAGUGGCCUGUCACAGUCCCCGAGGAACACUGCUCAGUCGUUGUAGAGUUCCGUUAGCUGCUAACUCAUUAGCCGCUAGGCUAAUUGACUAACAGCAACCUGUGGUGCAGUGUUACUCGCUGCUAAUCUAUUAGCCGCUAAUUUACACUAGAAACAAUGGGUAAGACAGGUAGCAUCCGUUAGCUACAAUGAAGAAGUGACUGUACUUCUAGAGUUGGAAAGAUUAGUUGCCGCCGCUUCAGGAUAACCCACACUUGCACUGGAAUGAAAUAUGAAUGGUGGUGAAAGCUUUAUCUGACUUAAUUCACUAAGGAAAACACUGUUUAGAUUUCAUUCGUGUGGUAGCUUAGCCUGCAUACUGAACUGUAGAGCACACGCACUUUGUUUUAUCAGGAAAAAAUUACAUUUACGACAUCUUUCCUUUUAAUUCCAUAAGCAUGUUUUCUGCCUUUUUUUUUUCUGUGCCACUCCUGCGCUCAUCGUCAGCACACUCCAAAAGCUUCUUUUUUUUUUUAACAAUGUUUUGAACUUUUUGCUCUGUAUUUUUACGCUGUUUUUAUAUAUUUUUUUUGUUCCAAUGUGAAUGAUUUUGUCAUGUACAAAGGUCAUGAUUUUAAGUGUACCACUUCAACUAAUUAAAAAGUGUAGAAUGAACGGUCCUACGCUACAUAUUAAAAA